CCAUUUUCACGCUCGAAGCCACCAUGUCGCAGUCUGGUCGAGACCACACAACUCAUCCUGGCCAGAGCCAAUCGACUAACCAUUCUCCGCGCCGUUCAACACCACCUCCUCCAGUCACGAACAUCACGAACUUUCUUCAGAACCCAGAGUUUAUUCAAGGUUUAACCUCGUUGAUAGCUCGAGCCAUGCCCAAAAACUCGAAUACGGUACCAUUAUCGAUGCCAUUAACUACUAAUCCAACAGAACAUCCAGCCCAUACUCGUGAUGACCCCGAAACGCAUGCGGCGACAUCCCAUGAUACGUCACAACCUCACCAUACUUCUCCCCAUCGAGAAGAGUUAACUCGUAUAACUGCUAACCCAAUAACGAACAAUCAAGCCCCGGAGGAGCCCCCUGUACAUGAAAUGACUGCUGAAAGUCACUCUGCUCAUCAUCAACAAAUUUCGUCACGUCCUAGACUUACUUCACCAGUGCCUCAUGGUCGUGAAGAUUUGCGGCUCCAGAUUGAACGGAAUCGUAUUUCAAGACAUAGUGCGGAAGAAAUUGAAACUCUUCGUAAACGCUUGGCUGAACUCGAGACUCGACAGAAGUUGCAGGAAGACUCUCCCCGACAUGUCUCGACGUCGGGAAAUGUCAUUGUUGAAGUUGAUUCCCCUUUAGCUCAGGAACUUACCGCAGAAGCACUCCCAGCUAAGGUAAAAAUCCCACAAAUUGGCAUGUAUGAUGGAACGUCGGAUCCGGAUGCACAUUUGGGCCAUUAUACGUCUUGGAUGGAUUUGCAUGGUGCCUCAGACGCUUUGAGAUGUCGGAUGUUUUCACUUACACUGGGGCCACGAGCACAAAAAUGGUACUAUACUCUCCCACCUCAUUCAAUUUGGAAGUGGCAACAGUUACGUGCGGCUUUCCGAUCGUACAUUAUCGGAGCUCAAAUUUGUCUCAUCCCAAAAGAAUCGAUAACCAACAUCGUACAAAAGGACGACGAUACUGUUAAAGACUACGUAUCUCGAUUCAACGACCGGAUUCAAAACAUGGAGCCCUGUCACCCAGAGACUCUGUUGUUCAACGAUGGAAAUCAUCAUGUCCGAGCGGAACCAGUUGAAGAUGUCGCAACCAUUUACGUGGAUGGAUCGACUCAAGAGAAACCAUUGCGUAUUGGAGCUAACCUACAAGAACCCAUUUGGUCAAGCUUAAUUCAGUUCCUUCAGUCAAACUCCGACGUAUUCGCUUGGAAGCAUGAAGACAUAAAAGGGAUUGACCCACAAAAAGCAUGUCAUCGCUUGAAUUUGGAUAAGACUGUCAAGCCCGUUAUCCAGAAACGCCGGAAAUUCGGUCCAGAUUGCCAGAAGGCCCUCGAAGAGGAAGUGAACAAGCUCAUAGACAAUAAGUUCGUUAAAGAAGCCAAAUACCCGACAUGGAUAUCGAAUCCUGUCUUGGUCAAGAAAGCCACCGACCUUUGGCGUCUGCGCAUAGAUUUUUUAGAUUUGAAUCAAGCGUGCCCGAAAGAUAGCUACCCCAUUCCACACAUUGAUUAUAUGGUAGAUGCCACAUCGGGACACCAACGCAUGAGUUUCUUGGAUGCCUAUUCCAGCUAUAACCAAAUUCCCAUGCACCCUGAUGAUGCUGAACAUACCUCGUUCUACUCGGCUCGAGGCCUUUAUUGCUAUGUCAUGAUGACUUUUGGAUUGAAGAAUGCAGGAGCCACAUACCAAAGGUUGGUCAAUAAGAUGUUUGCUCGUUUGAUCGGCCACACGAUGGAAGUUUACGUGAACGACAUGUUAGUGAAAUCGAAACAGGCCUCUGAUCAUGUCCCCCAUCUUUCCAAAGUCUUUGAUAUUCUCCGAGAGUAUUCUAUGGUGCUUAAUCCCAAGAAGUGUACUUUUGGAGUUGGAUCAGGGAAGUUUUUAGGAUACAUGGUGAGUCAGAGAAGGAUUGAAGCCAAUCCCGCCAAGAUUCAAGCCAUACUUGGCUUAGCUCCCCCGACAUCUAUUAUGGGUGUCCAAGAUUUGACCGGUCGACUGGCAGCUCUAAAUCGGUUCAUUUCAAAGUCGACAGAUCAUUGCAAGCCGUUCUUUGAUGCUAUCAAAAAGAAGAAGCCGUUCGAAUGGACUGUAGAAUGUCAGAAUGCUUUUGACAACAUCAAAGAAGUUCUCUCACGGUUACCGACGUUGCAGAAACCACUUCCUGAUGAACUUCUAUAUUUGUACCUUGGUGUAAGUGACGUUU